AUGAGGAUUUUAUCCUUGUUAAUCGCCUUAUUAGCAGUUGGAUUUUCUAUUCAACAAAGUUCUGCGGUUGAAGAUCAAUCUAUCACCGAUUUAUUCCAGGAGGUUUUGAAUGUUGAAGCUUCUCUAAGAGAGGAACUCAAAACUAAGUGGUCUGAAAAACAACAGCAACAUGAACAGCAAAAGCAACAAGCUAUUCAAGCUUUGAAUUCAACCUUAGAAGCUUUCGAGACUAAGUUGAAGGAAGAGGGAACGAAAAUUAAGUCUGUCAUUGAUGAAUUCCGAGCAGCUAAAGAAGCUGAAGAUGCCCAAAAAAAGGAGCAAUUCACGGAAUUGGCUGAUGAGAUUAAGCAGGUGAUAGAUGCUGUGAAAACGAAAAAGCAAAAUGAAAAGGCUGAAAAGGAGCAGGAAAUCAAAGAAUUGGCUGAACAGCUGAAAGCCUUCUUCACUAAGCGAAAGGAAGAGAAACGGAAGGAAGACGAACAAAAAAUCGAAAAAUUAGAAAAUGUUUUUGCUGCUUUGAACGAACUGAAAGUCUUAAUUGUAAAUGAAAUGCAAGCUCGUGCUGAUAGAAAGGCUGCCAAACAAGCAGACCACGAGGCAAAGAAGACUCAAUAUGAGAAUGAUUUGAAGGUUUCGUCUAUCUUCAAGACAUAUGUUAAACAAGAACUUCAGAGCAUUUUUGACUCGAUGAAGACUGAAGAACAAAAGUUGGCUGAACAAUAUGAUACUUAUAAGACAAAAAAAGAUAGUUUCAAAGAAACAGUGAAGGAUGCCAUCAAAGAGGAUUGGGAUUUCAAUGUCAGCGAAUUUGUCAAUGACAAAUUGCAAAAAGUUUUGGAUGAGGAAGCUGUAAAAAUCGUAUUGAAAGAUAAGGUUGAGGAAAAGCUUUUUCCACAAGCAGCAGAACAGAGCGUCGUAAAUGUAGCCGGAAGAGCUACCAUAUUAGAUGAAAUAACAGGAACUUCCCAAUGGCAAACGGUUACCUGGAUACUUCUCGUAUUAGCUAUUAUUCUGGCUGUUGCCUUAGUAGCAAUGAUUUUCUACAAUAUUUCUCAACGAAACAAUUAUCAACGUUUGGAUGGACAUGAUGUAGAGAGUCAUCCAUCAACUGAAAGAACACCGAUUGUCUCCAAUGUUGUUACUCCUGUUGGAUACAACGAUGAGAAGAAGAAGUCCCUCGUCGGUCUGUCUACACCCAUCCCAAGCACAUCAGUAACUCCACCAGGACCAAGUGCUCCAACUGGGGAACAGCAGUUCUAA